AUGUCAUCCACUACUGCCAACUGUCAAGACAUUGAAGUACCACCAACACGUCUCCAAACGAAACAGGCAAGAAAGAAGACUCGUGAAAGAACAAGAGGUAUUCAAAAACCUCGAUACACUUCUCAAUUUACCUUUGUACCAUACGCAGAGUGUCAAUCCAAAAUGUGUGGCGUGUCCAGAAAAGCAAGAAAGAUUUCUAUACAACCCUACGAACAUGUGUUAUUGGAUAUUGUGAAUUUGCAACAACCAAUAAUAACAUGGCCAUCAUCUCUAAACAACAUGAAACACAACAACAAUAAUCAUCACUCCACCAUUGUGUCAAAAGAUUUACCUAAUGAUACAACUUUGUAUUCUGGAAAAUCAUCCCUUCCUUGCUUGCUCUUCAUGAAGACAACAAAUCCAUUGACAACAUUACGCCAAGAUUCGACAAGUUUACAAGACAACAUGACAUCCAAUGAAGACAACAACAUGAUUCCUGUUGUGGAGGACAUCUUUUCCAAUCAAACAACAUGGCUGGCCGGCUGCACCUUAAAAACGAAGAAGAUUGUUCGAACAAGCAUGCUCACCAUGAAAGAACUCUUGAAUUGA